AUGAGAGCAUAUGCCCUAUACACCGUAAGAAGUCACGAUGCAAGCCUAGGAAAUAGCCGAUAUAUGAUUGUCUAUUUGGAUAAUCAAGAUGAAAAUUGGUUGUUCUCAGGUGUCUUUAUGGGCUACGCCUCUGGAGGAAAUUUAAAUUCAUCUGGUCUCGUCGAAAGCCCUACUUCAUUUGUUUACCCACCUAUUAAUGGAAUUUUCCGCGAAGAGAAUAAUGGAGAACUUAUCCUCGUCGGCUAUAUUACUCGCGAAAACUAUCAAUUACUCUAUAGGUUCAGUUGUCCUGAAUGUGAUCUGUUAUUUCGCUAUCCAAGCUUUUUGAACAAUCAUUUAAGAGUACAUAAUGGGAGCAGACCGUAUGGUUGUACAUUUCCAGAGUGCAAUAGAUAUUUCCAAACUAUUAGUAAUAGAAAUCGUCAUGAGAGAAUUUGCCACGG